GGAUACUUUUCCUCCUUUUCGUUGGUUUAUCUAUACCGUUCUCUCUUUUAACGCGGUUCCUUUCGCUAUUUUUGCUGGAUGGGGUCUUUUGACUUUUGCUUUAGUGUCGGCACUAGCUGGAGUUGGUAUUGUGAUCGCUCAAGGCUUCUUUACAAUUGUUGGAUUCAUUGUUUUUCUACCUGUGGUCGCUAUCCUUAUUCUGGUCGCUUUCAUAUGUGUAACAUUUAUGACUUUGGCUUGGUUUGGUUUUAAAAUUAGUGGCUCAGUACAA